GUUCCGCGUUGCAGAGCAUUUAAGUCCUGCAGCAUUUCCGGCAACUUCUACUCUCUCUUGCUGCAGGAGAGCAUCUGUCACCAUGACCGACCAAGGAGCCUUCGACACCAACGUAGUGACCAUGACCCGGUUCGUUAUGGAGGAGGGAAGGAAGGCUAAAGGCACCGGGGAGCUGACAACGCUGCUCAACUCGCUGUGCACGGCGGUGAAGGCCAUCUCCAGCGCCGUGCGUAAAGCUGGGAUCGCACACCUUUAUGGUAUUGCUGGCACCACCAAUGUGACUGGUGACCAGGUGAAGAAGCUGGACAUUCUGUCCAAUGAUCUGGUCAUCAACAUGAUCACGUCUUCCUUCACCUCCUGUGUGCUGGUGUCUGAGGAGAACGAGAAGGCCAUUAUUAUAGAGCCAGAAACCAGGGGCAAAUACGUUGUUUGCUUUGAUCCUUUGGAUGGCUCUUCCAACAUCGACUGUCUCGUCUCCAUUGGGACCAUCUUUGCCAUCUACAAAAAGGCCACAGAUGAUGAGCCUUGUGAGAAGGACGCCCUGCGGCCGGGCCGGACCCUGGUUGCCGCGGGCUACUCCCUCUACGGCAGUGCCACCAUGAUGGUGAUCUCCACCGGACAGGGAGUCAACUGCUUCAUGCUCGACCCGGCAAUUGGCGAAUUCAUCCUGGUUGAUCGGGAUGUGAAGAUCAAGGAGCGAGGCAAGAUUUACAGCUUGAAUGAAGGUUACGCAAAGUACUUUGACCCCGCUGUCACAGAGUACCUGCAGAAGAAGAAGUUCCCUGAGGAUGGCAGUGAGCCCUACGCAGCCCGUUACAUCGGCUCCAUGGUGGCAGACGUGCACCGAACGCUGAUGUAUGGAGGCAUCUUUUUAUAUCCAGGAAAUGUGAAGAGCCCCAAAGGAAAGCUGCGGCUGCUGUAUGAAGGCAACCCCAUGGCCUUCAUCAUAGAGCAGGCGGGGGGCUUGGCCUCCACCGGCCUCGAGCCCCUUCUGGACAUCCAGCCCGAGAGCAUCCACCAGAGGGCUCCAGUGGCUCUGGGCUCCAAAGAAGACGUCCUGGAAUACAUCUCAAUCUGCCAGAAACAUGCACAGAAGAAGUGAGACCGCACUGACUCACUCUCACACCCAUCACGGUCGGGCAAACAACUUUGUUUCCCAAACUGGAAGUCGGCUUUUUUUACGACGCUUGAUAAUGGUUUCUUACUUUAAAGAAAUGUGGAGUUACACGGUUUUGAAUAUCAUUUGAGCAAUGCUCAUGUUCUGCUGAUACAUAAUAGAAGAAAGGUGGUUCAAUCGGAAACAUGAACGCUGUACAAUAAGCUAAAUUACACACACAUUCCACACAAAGUUACCAAAGAUGAAAAGUGCCAACAAAUAACAAGACAAUUGCACUUUUAAAAAAAACUGAAGAAUUGUUUACCUCCAGUUGUGCCUUUUUCCUUAAAAUGAAGAUACAUUCUAGUCAGGGGACGGACCAAUACAACCUCUAUGCAUACACCAUGAUGCCUUUUAAAUAUGUGAAUGUUGGAGUCUCAAUAAAUUCAAAUGAGUCUUAAGAAGACAA